UGGCUGCCAGAUUGGCUGUGCCUCAGAGCAAUACUCAAAAUGUUUAAUUUUAAAAGGGUUUAUUGGGUAAUAUUUUGAUAGAAUUGCUUCUAUAUUUUUCGAAAUGGCUUCUGUGAAAGUCGCAGUGCGUGUCCGUCCAUUAAAUCGAAGGUAAGAAUGAGUUUUGUCGACUGUUGCGACUCACUUUGGGAAUAUGUUUUUGUUAUUAAUAUCUUUCAGUAGAGAAAUAAUUCUUGAUCUUUCCAUUCUUUCGUUAGGGAAAACGAACUGAACGCAAAAUGUAUCAUACAGAUGCAGAAUAAUAAAACAACAAUCUUUAAUGCUCAUGUAAGUAUUAAAAUCAUCCAUUUCCUUGAGAGAAUAUACUUUUAGAUUAAGAUCAUGAGUUUAUCUGUUUACGUGGAUAAAAUCUAUUAAUUUUUUUGUUUUUAAAAUUUUGCCAAGGGAGAAGACGACAAGAAGGAUUUUACAUUUGAUUUUUCAUACUGGUCGUUUAAUAGUCGCGAUCGACACUUUGCUACCCAAGAAAGGGUAAUAUAUUGUUUGAGGGUUAUAAUUUGUUACUUUAUCUGACUUUGCCCUUGAACUUUAAAUAUUGCAUUUAAAGAUCUAUGUAUUUUCAGCAGUAAUACAUAAUAUUAUAUAUGUAUAUAUUAUGCUUGAUUAUAGAAAACUGUUUUAGGCAGCAUCCUAUUAUGCCGAGACAGGAUGAAAAUUUUCUACUUUGGUUUAGUGACUCUAGUCUAGCUCUGUUAAUUAUCAUGGGAUGACAUAUUGUACUGUACUAACAUACUUUGUAGUGAUUUUCACAAAUUUAAAAGCUCCAUAUUGCCAAUAAAAAUUAAAGCUGUAUAUUUUCAUGAAAGUUGUAUAUUGCCAAAGGCACACAAUAAUUUUAAAGCUAAUAAGAAGUAUUUUAGUUGCAACAUAGCAUUUCUGUGCAGUAAAAGUCAACCAAAAUAUGUAUGCCUUCCUAGCAAUAUAUGACAUCUGCUAUAAUUAAAUCUACUAUUGUUGCUAUACACUGAUAUUGGCUUUACAUUUUAUUAUUCAUAAAUAAUGAUUGUGUUAAUACACGUUUCCGGAAAGUUGUCACCUUGGCUAUAGGAUCUUGUUUUCAAAAUUGAAACGUUCUGCUUUAGCUAAUGUCACAUACAUACACGAAAACAAGGCCAUAUAGCCAAAGUGACAUACUUUCCAAGCCUUGAAUUAUAUGCCGGACAUUUGUUGGGCUGAAAAAGUCGGUUUUGUCAGGCAAAACUUUUGAUCUGCCAGACAUUUUGUCCGGUGGAAGAUUUUUAUUGCCACAUAAAAUAUAUCUGGCGAUAAAAUGUAUAUGUCGCCCAUUUAUGCUAUUUAUCAUGUCAUAUGUGUUCUAACGUAAGCCAUUACUGAUUACUAUGCACAGUGUGGUGCCGUUAUAAGUGCUUAGCCCAUGAAUGGUUUUGUAAAAAGUAGUUUAGAAAUGAUGAAAUACUAAUACAUUUUUACUGUCAAAUGACAAAGAUAAAGGGCACCUGAUCUGGGGUUCCAGGAAUAGUGCGAUCACCGAGGAACGGUUUAAUCUGUGUAAUAUGUGAAAAAUCGGACUGGAACAUAAUGUUCGGAAAAUAUGUAUUUCAAGGCUUGCUUUCUGAAUGGGUGCAUUGAUCUAGCCUGCCCACCUACAAAUUAAAUUUGUCAUAUUUUUAGAUCUGACUGAAUAAACAUUACUGGUACACUGCAUGUACAAUGCAACAUCCCAAAUAUUUCUCCAUGCACAGCAUACUAACACAAAUAAAUUUUCUGACAAAAAAUAAUUUUCUGACAAACAAAUCAUUUCUGAACUAUAGGCUUGGUUGCAUGUGCAGCAACCAAUUUCCUUAAUGCAGCCUCUUCUAAAAGUGGUAUUUUAUUUAAAUAGAAAAAUCCCUGUUAAGUUUAUAGACAGGAGGUAUAUUUCAGGACUUGAAAUAACAGUUGAUCACUGAUCCAUGAUCGGCAAGGAGUUGUUUAUGAUUGGUGGAAAAACAGGUUUUUCAACCAGGAUAAGCAGGGAAAGUCAUGACUGCCCGAUCACCAUGAUCAGGAACUUUGGGAACCUUAUUUCAAGUCCUCGUAUUUUAUCUUGCAGGUGUUCAAAGACUUGGGAAUUGAUGUUCUUAAUUCAGCUUUUGA